GGAUAUAAAACUUAUAUUUCAUUCCUCCCACCAUAUUUAUAUCCGAUCAUCAAUCUUCCAGGAACCAUUUCUGCCUCAGGAUAUAUUGUCCUUGAAAUUGAUGAAAAAGAAAAAGUUAAAAAAUAG